CCAACAGACGUGAGCCAUGACGAUUUCUCACUUUCCAUAUUCCUCCCUCUAACCCGAACCUCACAGACAUAAUCUGAAUUGAUGUAUGUGUCAUGUCUAUAUAAUCAUCCUCCUCCUCACUUUCUUUUCCACUCGUAUGAGGAAAAACCCUCCUCAAUAUCAAAUAUUGCCUGUUCAAUAAUUGUGGCGUGUUGAAACUUUUGGAAUUGGAGCGUUUUGGUUUAAUGUGGAUGAAUGUGCAGAAAGCUCUGCCAAAAAAGGUUUGACAGGAGAAUCAAAAAAAGGCCCUGCAUUUUUUGGCCACUUUCGAGUUUGCUGGGGGGAAAGAAAAAAAAAAGUACUGAGAAAAAGAAAUGGAGGGCCUGUGGACUGUGUUUUGUGGAAAAUCUGAUUGUUCGGCUGUCAAUGGAACGCCUUGCGACACUGAUUUUUCAAUGGUGACACAACCUUUGUCAUGUGUCAACCAUGCAUUGAUCAUUUGCUUUGAUGCAUUGCUCUUGAUUAUGCUCUUAUUCAAUGUGAUUCAGAAGAAAUCAUCAAAGUCUGCAUACUUUCCGGGCCACGUUCAUGGAAAUUCACGUUUGCAGAUUAUAACUGCCGUUUUUAAUGGUGUUUUGGGAUUGUUAUACCUGGGCUUUGGUAUUUGGAUGUUAGAGGAGAGGUUAAGGUUGUCCCAUACUGUUUUACCUCUACAUUGGUGGUUUCUAGUUCUGUUUCAUGGAUUCGCAUGGUUGUCAUUGGGCUUAACCGUAAGCCUUAGAGGAAAACAUUUUCCAAAAGGUCCGUUGAGGCUUUUGUCAAUUCUUGCCUUCGUGUUUGCCGGAAUUGUUUUUGGUUUGUCAGUCUUUGCUGCCCUUUCUAACAAACAAGUGUCAACUAAGGUAGCUUUAGAUGUCCUUUCUUUUGUUGGAGCAAUAUUAUUGUUAGUAUGCACUUACAAGGGCUACAAAUAUGAAGAAAUUGAUGAGACUGGUUACACCCCCUUGAAUGGUGAGGCCAAUGGAAGCACUAAAACUGAGCCUGUUACCAUAAAUCCAUUUUCCAAAGCUGGGUUUUUAAGUAUUAUGUCGUUUUGGUGGUUGAACCCAUUGAUGAAAAGGGGCAAGGAGAAAACUCUUAACAAUGAAGAUAUACCCAAAUUGCGUGAGGAAGAUCGAGCAGAAGCGUGUUACUUGCUAUUCAUGGAGCAACUUAAUAAGCAAAAACAAAUUGAUCCGUCAUCUCAACCUUCAAUUUGGAGGACAAUAGUUAUAUGCCACUGGACGGAGAUUUUAGUGUCUGGUUUCUUUGCACUACUAAAGAUCAUUACCAUCUCUGCUGGUCCACUGCUUCUCAAUGCUUUCAUUGAAGUAGCUGAAGGUAACGAAAGUUUUAAAUAUGAGGGAUAUGUGUUGGCCAUUUCUCUUUUCUUUUCAAAGAGCAUAGAGUCCUUGGCGCAAAGGCAGUGGUACUUUCGAAGCAGACUUAUUGGUCUAAAAGUAAGGUCUUUGCUAACAGCAGCCAUUUAUAAGAAGCAAUUAAGACUAUCCAAUGCUGCUAAGGCCACACACUCAGCUGGCGAGAUAAUGAACUAUGUUUCCACAGAUGCUUAUCGGAUUGGAGAGUUUCCUUAUUGGUUUCAUCAAACUUGGACUACAAGCCUCCAGCUCUGCUUUGCUUUGAUAAUCUUGUUUCGUGCAGUAGGGCUUGCGACUAUUGCAGCCUUGGUGGUGAUAAUUCUCACAGUGCUUUGCAAUACUCCCCUCGCUAAAUUACAGCAUAAAUUCCAGUCUAGGCUCAUGGUGGCCCAAGAUGAGCGGCUCAAGGCUAGUUCAGAGGCUCUCGUGAGCAUGAAAGUUUUGAAACUAUAUGCGUGGGAAAGUCAUUUCAAGAAUGUCAUCGAAAACUUGAGGAAAGUAGAAUAUAAAUGGUUAUCAGCAGUUCAGUUGCGUAAAUCAUACAAUAGCUUUCUCUUUUGGUCUUCCCCUGUAUUGGUCUCAACCGCCACUUUUGGGGCUUGCUACUUUCUUGGAGUACCUUUAUAUGCUAGUAAUGUUUUUACAUUUGUAGCAACUUUGCGUCUUGUUCAGGAACCUGUUAGAUCUAUCCCUGAUGUAAUUGGGGUGGUCAUUCAAGCAAACGUGGCGUUUUCGAGGAUUGUGAAUUUUCUUGAGGCACCUGAGCUGGAGAAUAAAAACACCCGGAAAAAAUGCAACAUGGAAAUGAAAGACUACAACAUCUUCAUUAAAUCUGCCAAUCUAUCAUGGGAAGAGAAUCCAUCGAAGCCCACACUUAGAAAUAUUAAUUUAGAGGUUCGACCUGGUGAAAAGGUGGCCAUAUGUGGAGAGGUCGGUUCAGGCAAAUCAACUCUUCUCGCUGCAAUCCUAGGCGAGGUUCCAAAUGUCCAGGGAACUAUUCAAGUAUAUGGGACUGUUGCCUAUGUUUCUCAGUCAGCUUGGAUCCAGACAGGGACUAUACGAGAAAAUAUUUUAUUUGGAUCAGCCUUGGAUAAUCAGAGAUACCAAGAUACAUUAGAGAAGUGCUCUUUGGUGAAGGACCUCGAGUUGUUACCCCACGGAGAUCUCACUGAAAUAGGGGAAAGAGGUGUUAAUCUCAGUGGUGGUCAGAAGCAGCGAAUCCAACUUGCCCGUGCACUGUAUCAGGAUGCUGAUAUAUAUCUCUUGGACGAUCCAUUCAGUGCCGUUGAUGCACACACUGCCACAAGCCUAUUUAAUGAAUAUGUUAUGGAAGCUCUUUCAGGGAAGACGGUCUUACUCGUGACACACCAAGUGGAUUUUCUUCCAGCAUUCAAUUCUGUUUUGUUGAUGUUAGAUGGAGAAAUCCUACAUGCUGCUCCUUAUCACGAGUUAUUGGCCUCGAGUCAAGAAUUUCAGGACCUUGUCAAUGCACACAAAGAGACUGCUGGCUCCGAAAGGGUUGUAGAGGUAUCCAAGAAGUCUAAAACUCCAGCCAAAGAGAUCAAGAAGACACAUAUCGAGAAGAAAUCUAAAGCAUCUGAAGGUGAUCAGUUGAUUAAACAAGAAGAGAGAGAAGUAGGAGACAUUGGAUUGAAGCCCUAUAUACAGUAUUUAAAUCAGAACAGAGGCUACUUGUUUUUCUCCAUGGCUGCUCUUUGUCACCUUACAUUUGUGAUUGGUCAGAUACUACAGAACUCUUGGAUGGCUGCAAAUGUUGAAAAUCCUCAAGUCAGCACAUUGCAAUUGAUUACAGUUUACUUGGCAAUUGGAUUUACCUCGACAAUAUUUUUGCUCGGUAGAUCUCUAUCCACAGUUGCUUUGGGUCUGCAAUCAUCAAAAUCUUUGUUUUCACAGUUAUUAAACUCCCUUUUUCGUGCGCCCAUGUCAUUUUAUGAUUCUACGCCUCUGGGAAGGAUACUGAGUCGAGUGUCAUCUGAUUUGAGUAUUGUUGAUCUUGAUGUUCCAUUUAGCUUUAUCUUCUGUGUUGGGGCUACCACAAAUGCGUAUUCUAAUCUUGCGGUGUUAGCUGUUGUUACUUGGCCAGUCCUGUUUGUCUCCGUACCAAUGGUUCUUUUUGCAAUUCGCAUACAGAGAUACUACUUUGCCACUGCGAAAGAAUUGAUGCGGCUCAAUGGCACAACCAAGUCUUUGGUAGCAAACCAUCUCGCUGAGUCCAUAGCAGGAUCCAUGACAAUAAGAGCUUUUGAGGAGGAAGAUCGGUUCUUUGUGAAGAAUCUUGACCUCAUUGAUGUAAAUGCUAGUCCAUUUUUCCACAGUUUUGCAGCAAAUGAGUGGUUGAUCCAGCGGCUCGAAACACUUACUGCAGUUGUUCUCUCCUCAUCAGCACUGUGCAUGGUUUUGCUCCCUUCUGGAACUUUCAGCUCUGGAUUUAUUGGAAUGGCUUUGUCCUAUGGUCUCUCAUUGAACAUGUCCUUUGUUAUGUCCAUUCAAAACCAGUGCACUCUAGCAAAUUACAUAAUUUCUGUAGAAAGGCUCAACCAAUAUAUGCACAUACCAAGUGAAGCUCCAGAAGUGAUAGAAGAGAACCGACCCCCUGUCAAUUGGCCAACUGUGGGUAAAGUGGAGAUUCAAGAUUUGAAGAUCAGAUAUAGGCCUGAUGCACCACUUGUUCUGCGUGGGAUAAGUUGCACAUUUGAAGGAGGGCACAAAAUUGGUAUUGUUGGAAGAACUGGCAGUGGGAAGACAACUCUGAUAGGUGCUUUAUUUCGUCUAGUGGAGCCUGUAGGGGGCAAGAUUGUGGUAGACGGAAUUGACAUAUCUACGCUUGGACUUCAUGAUUUAAGGUCACGUUUUGGGAUUAUACCUCAAGAUCCUACUCUUUUUAAUGGAACCGUGAGAUACAAUUUGGAUCCCUUAUCUCAACAUACCGAUCACGAAAUAUGGGAGGCUCUUGGGAAGUGUCAGCUCAGAGAUGCUGUUGUGGAGAAAGAAGAUGGCCUAGACUCCUUGGUUGCGGAUGAUGGUUCGAAUUGGAGCAUGGGACAGAGGCAACUGUUUUGCUUGGGGCGUGCCCUAUUGAGGAGAAGCAAGAUAUUGGUGCUCGACGAAGCUACUGCAUCAAUUGACAAUGCAACCGAUUUGAUUUUACAAAGAACCAUCAGGACUGAGUUUGCGGACUGCACAGUGAUCACCGUGGCCCAUAGAAUACCAACUGUGAUGGAUUGCACGAUGGUUCUGGCUGUGAGCGAUGGAAAAUUGGUAGAGUAUGAUGAGCCAAUGAAGUUAAUGAAAACAGAAGGUUCACUGUUUGGGCGACUUGUCAAGGAAUACUGGUCUCAUUAUCACUCUGCAGAAUCUCAUUGAUGCUUACCAUAAUGUCUUAUGUUGCCGGUACUCAUAUGUGGCGAUUCUACCAGUAUCAUGUUUGAAAAUCCCAUCUUUUCACAGUCAGUCCAUGCCCUGAGGUUGGAAGGUUUGCAUCAUAUAGAUAGCCAGUGAAAACUAUGAACUCUCAAGAGCCUUUCUAAAUUGGGUUUGAGGGAUCAGAAGGAGGAAAAGUUGGACAGUAAAGGGUAGAAACUGUCAAAUGGGAUGGAUGUAUAUAUAGUAUUAGAAUAACAAUGGAGACCCUUUUAAAAUGGAAUAGGUUGGGGACCGGAAAAUCCUAUCCCAUUUUGCCAUUGUGUGUAAUGUAUCUUGCUGUAUUCGGUGGGUGUUGUGCACCCAUUUUUGGUAAGGCAGUGUAGGUUAUCAUUUAUCUCAAACACAACAUUGCUUUGGAAUGCAUUCUUCAGCCUUUUUGCAGACUCACUCUUUGCUACAUGCUCUUUCUUAAACACAACAUUGCUUUGGAGUGCAUUCUUUAGCCUUUCUGCAGACUCACUCUUUGCUACAUGCUCUUUCUUAAGGCUUUCUGCCGACUCACUUUUGUUAAUGCCACAUUUCUUUUCACUCAA